CAUCGAUGCUACCAGGGCAACCGCAGCUCCAGCCAGUUGGUUCGAUAUCACAUCAGUGAGAAAAUUUGCGUUUCAUCUGCAUGGCACGCUUUGACUCGGUCCCGUUUUGAAAAACUGUUAUGUAAAUCUGUGAAAAAGUGAUCCCAUCCGAUCUGGCAGCAUGGGAAAUACCGAAAGUAAUGUCACCAGUGGUGUAAAAAAGCAGGCCGGGGUUUCCACACAAGAGCUGUACAAAUUUGUAAACCUAAAAGGUGGUGGCCUACUGGUAGACAUGAUGAAAAGAGCGAUCCAAAAUAAACAGUAUGCUGAGAUAGAUCAUGCACUUAAAACCAAGGUGGAACCGUUCCUAUACAAUAAAGGAAAGGGAAAGUAUAUUCCGGUAGCGCAGUUGGUCCUGUUGCGAAAUCGCGAGAGACCCAGACAUAAGCAAUUACCGGAGAUUCGAGCGUUGGAAAAUCCAGAGGAAGACUACGACAUUGAUGUAGAAUGUCCGAAUGUGACCGAGGGCGAGUACCAGCGGAACCCAUCAGGGUACAGGGAGGUGUGCUGGAAUAUCAAGGAACGAGGCGCUGUCGGUGAGACGAUACUUCACCUUUGUUUGCUCAACGCUACCUCUUUGCAUGCAGAUCUUGCCAAACGCCUGCUUCGAUUUUACCCGAAGCUAAUUAAUGAUGUGUACAUGUGCGACGAAUACUACGGGGAAAAUGUUUUGCAUGUAGCGAUCGUCAAUGAGGAUCCGGCUAUGGUUAAGUUCCUGCUGGAUAGUGGAUCCAAUGUGAACGAACGUUGCUGUGGGACAUUCAUGAGUCCCGAGGAUCAAAAGGGAAGUCGGUUUGAUACGAUCGACACGGAGAUUGUUGGUGUAACGCCAAUGACUAACUAUGACGGGUACGUUUACUGGGGAGAAUAUCCGUUGAGUUUUGCCGCUUGUUUGGGUCAGGAAGAGUGUUACCGAUUGGUACUAGCCCGGGGAGCUGAUCCGGAUAGUCAGGACUCGAACGGAAAUACUGUGCUCCAUAUGUUGGUGAUUUACGAGAAGGUUUCGACCUUUGAUAUGGGUUACGAAGUUGGAUCAUCAUUGGACAUUAGAAACUUACUGAAUUUGACGCCGCUAACGUUGGCAGCACAUCUCGGGCGAGUGGAGAUGUUCUUUCACAUUAUGAACAUCGAGCGGGAGAUUUAUUGGCAGUUGGGUAGUAUUACGUGUGCCGCCUAUCCGCUGGCUUUGAUCGACACGAUUGAUAUCGAGACCGGUAAUAUUAACAAGGAUUCGGCGCUGAAUUUAGUAGUAUUCGGUGACAAGGACGAGCACUUGGAUCUGCUGGAGGGGGUGCUGAUAGAUCUAUUGAAGACCAAAUGGAACACUUUCGUCAAAGACAAAUUCUACCGCCAGUUUUUUGUGUUCUUUUGUUAUUUCUGCGUUUCUUUAGUAAGCUUCACUUUACGCAAUGGACCAACGAAACUCGAGGACGCGGAUGCGAAUCGAACAGUUACGCAUCCGAAAAAUGAUAGCCUCACUGAUUAUAGCAACGCAACACUGGCCACCCUGAUUGGUAUCGCUGCUAGCGGAAAGCUGAUCGGUUCCAAUUCUACGGAUACACAUUUUGAUCCUUCCAGUCUAGGAAAUAAUAUAUUUUUCAACUCAAAGUGUCCAACCAUGGCGUACGAUGGCAUCAAAGGAAAGCUCCGUCUUGUUUCCGAAAUAAUAAUUCUAAUCGGAUCGUUUCUAUAUCUGGUUGCUGCUUUUAGAGAGUCUCGCUUUUUGGGAAGGAAAAUGUUCAUUGAAAAUUUGAUGACUGCUCCUUCCAGAGUGAUGUUUCUGUUUUCUUGUUGCAUCAUGAUGAUAGUGCCAUUCUUGAAAGUUCUUUGCUUCACGGAACAGGAGGAUCACGUCGCAGUGGCGAUCAUGCUGACUACGGCUCCGUACUUCCUGUUCUUCUGUCGAGGCUUCAAAACCGUUGGACCGUUCGUGGUGAUGAUCUAUCGCAUGGUGAUCGGAGAUUUGUUACGAUUUGUCGUUAUUUACCUCGUGUUUGUGAUGGGUUUUUCACAAGCCUACUACAUCGUGUUUCUGUCGUACAAGAGUGACGAGGAAGGAGACGAAAAUCCAAUGCCUUCUCCGAUGGAGUCGAUUGUGGCGAUGUUUCUGAUGUCGUUGACCAAUUUUGGUGAUUACUAUGGUGCGCUUGAGAAUACAAUUCAUGAGGGGUGUGCAAAGGUCCUAUUCGUCAUCUACAUGGUGAUCGUAGCUGUGCUGCUGGUCAACUUGUUGAUCGCUAUGAUGGGUAACACGUACACGAAGAUAGCGGAAACGAAAAACGAAUGGCAGCGGCAGUGGGCCCGGAUCGUGCUGGUGGUCGAGCGAGGCGUUCCGCCUGCCGAGAGGCUGAAGAAUCUCAUGGGAUACAGUGAACCGAUGUCGGACGGGCGGCGGGCCCUGGUGCUCCGAUUGAGCAUGACCGACGAGGACAAGGAGGAGAUGAAGGAAAUCCUUGAAAUGAAGAGGGUACAUGAACGGAUGAAGAAAAAGCGAAUGGUUGAAAGAGAAGCACGAGCCGAGCAGCGCCGUUUAACUAUGGAAAAGUACGCAAACGUACCCUAGCUUAAGUUUAAUCAUGGUUUACUAGACAAAACAAUAUUUGUUAUUUUUUAGCAGAAUUGUUUAAUCGUUAGCAAU